AUGUGUUGGUUCCUGGGCCAACUGCAGCUGAGCACCGCGGUGAACCCGCGGGUGUACUGCAACCACAUCCCCGGCCUGGUGCGGCGGCAGCGGCGGCUGUGCCACAAGUACGCGGACGCGAUGCCGAGCGUGGGGCGUGGGGCGGGGAUCGGCGUGGCGGAGUGCCGCUUCCAGUUCAGGCAUCAGCGGUGGAAUUGUUCCACGGUGGCGACGGAUGCGUCGGUGUUUGGGAAGACCAUUCUCAGAAGAUCGAGCCGAGAAGCAGCCUUCGUCUACGCCAUCAGCUCCGCCGGCGUGGUGUAUUCCGUGAGCCGGAGUUGCAGCAAAGGGGACCUGGCCCACUGCCGCUGCGACCCGCGACGAACCGGGAAGCACAGAGACACGCGAGGGGAAUUCGCGUGGGGAGGUUGCUCGGACGACGUCCGGUUCGGGUCGCUGUUCGGGAGGAAGUUCGUGGACGCGAGGGAGAAGAAGGUGCGGGACGCGAGGGCGCUCAUGAAUCUGCAUAAUAACAGGGCCGGGAGGAAGGCGGUGAGGAAGCACAUGCAGCUGGAGUGCAAGUGCCACGGCGUGAGCGGGGCGUGCACGGUGAGAACGUGCUGGGCGUCGGUCAUGGACUUCAGGUCGAUCGGGUCGUACCUGAAGAGGAAGUACGACGCGGCGACGCUGGUGACGAUGGACCAAUCGGGGAGGGACCUGGUGGCGGCGGUGGGGGAUCACAAGCCGCCGACGAGGGGCGACCUCGUCUACCUGGAGGCCUCGCCUGACUACUGUCUUCUCGAUCAGCAAGUCGGUUCGUUGGGGACGGCCGGACGGGAAUGCAACCGGACAUCCCCGGGCACCGACGGCUGCGACAUUCUCUGUUGCGGCCGCGGCUACGACACCGCUCGCGUCCUCGUCACCAAGAAAUGCCACUGCAAAUUCAUCUGGUGCUGCGAGGUGGAAUGCCAGGACUGCAGGGAGUGGCGGGACGUCUACACGUGCAAGGCGCCGCGGCGGGACAGUACCUGAUCCCUGUGACGUGCCAAACGGGGAAAGGAUCCCGAAGGCAAAGAAUCUCGCCCGGCCCCCGCCUUGUCAUCAAUUACUCAUCUCGUCCUGCUCAUUAGCGGCGACAGGUCUGGUUCAUUAUCGACUUCGUGGCCGACCGACCAAAGACAAGUACGCGAGAUAUGUCGACCGGACGAGACGGCAAACGAGGAAAAAAAAAGGGAAAACGGAAAUCCUUGAGCUUGUAUGAUGUACAGACUCGAACACAGCUGCGCUGUGUUCAACCAGUGUAUGGUAUGCUAUUUAUAAUACGAAAGCCGCAGGUGUACUAGUCAGAUUCCUCCCACUCACCUGUACAACUUGUGUUCAACGUGUGCGGAU